CCCCCCCCCCCCAAAAAAAAAACUCUUAGUCCCACAUGGGUGGAGAUCUCAAACCCUAGAAUUUGGGGGUUCUAUAUAAAGAACCCCAAUUUCUACCAUUCAACACACACAUAUGUACACUUGUAUAAUUUUCGAAAGAACCACAUUUUUAUUUUACACUGGUUUAUACGAGUGCACUUAGGGUUUUGGUUUGCUCAUAACCCUUUUUAGUUUAAAUUUGGUCUAUUUUUGCUAAAAUCCUUGUGAUUUAUUUGUGGUUUGUCGCUGUGAGGGGUGGAAGAGAAGAAGACUUCCCCAUUGCUCCAUUCUCAACCUUGGCUACCACUACAAAAGGUAUUUGUGUACCAGUCUAGGGACUGAUUUUUUAUUAUGGAGGAACAUCCCUUGGUUAAGUUUGAACACUGGGUUGAAGGAGGUGGCAUGUGGAGUGGUGAUUUUAAUUUUCGGAGUUUGAUUUUGUCCUUUUUGAGUGUCUCUCAAUUGGACUUGUUGAAAAAGGGUGUGUUUGGACAGUUUAUGGAUUUGGUUGAUGUCCACCUGAGUGAUAGUAUUUUCCAUUGCUUGAUCUUAUCGCAACUUUCAUCUAGUAAUGAUAGUGCGUUAAAGUUUAAGAUAUUUGAUCGCGUGUGUGUAUUUGAUUCCGAGUCUUUCCGUCUUAUUACUGGUUUGGAUUCUUGUGUUGGCGAUUUUAGUGUUGUGUCUAGCAGACCAAAUAGAUUGUUGAGACUUUAUUUUCCAAAUCAGUAUAGAAUAAGGUUGUGUGAUCUCAAGAGUUUCUUACAGAUCAAGUCAAGUAAUCAUACUGGUGGUUUUUGGGAAAGAUCUAGUGAUCCUGUUAGACUUGCUGAGGUCUAUAUAAUGGAGAGGGUUUUGUUGGGUCGUAACGAGAAAUGUGUUGUUAAAGGUCAUCUAAUGAAGAUAAUUGAUGAUGACAGUCUUUGAGUGUCUUAUCCUUGGGGUUCUCUUAGUUUUAAUUGAUUGGUACGGUCGAUUCAUGGUUGUGUGAAGACUUUCAAGAGCAUGCCAUCUACACGUUAUAUGAUUAGUGGUUUCCCUUACGCUUUAAAUGUGUGGUUGUUGGAGGUUUUCCCUAUAUUUCGAGGGUUUUCAAGUUUUCAUGGUCUGAAGUCUCCUCGUAUGUUGUCUUGGGGUCCUUCAAAGCAAGUUGAUUAUAAAGUUAU